CUUUCUUAAAAAAAAAGUAAAACACAAAUUUAUCUGCAUUCAUAUAAACGGGUGAGAGGAGUCCACUUUAACUCCAUUCUGUCUGAACCGCCACUAGCUUUCUGCCCCUUUUGUGUGUUAGCCUAAUCUUUCUGCUCUAGAAUUUGGAGAACGAACCAGAACACACUGUAAUCAUGUCUUCACCAAGCAAGCGGAGGGAGAUGGACUUGAUGAAACUGAUGAUGAGCGACUACAAGGUCGAGAUGAUCAAUGAUGGAAUGCAGGAGUUCUAUGUAGAAUUUCACGGACCCAAAGAGAGUCCAUAUCAAAGUGGUGUGUGGAAAGUGAGGGUAGAAUUGCCAGAUGCCUAUCCUUAUAAGUCUCCUUCUAUUGGUUUUGUCAAUAAGAUUUAUCAUCCAAAUGUUGAUGAAAUGUCAGGCUCGGUUUGCUUAGAUGUUAUAAAUCAGACAUGGAGCCCUAUGUUUGAUCUGGUAAAUGUGUUUGAAGUGUUUCUUCCUCAACUGCUAUUGUAUCCUAACCCAUCAGACCCACUGAAUGGAGAGGCUGCAGCUCUAAUGAUGCGUGAUCGGCCCUCUUAUGAUCAAAGAGUGAAAGAGUUCUGUGAAAAAUAUGCGAAGGCUUCAGAUGCUGGGGUGGUGCCGGAAGAGAAGUCUAGCGAUGAGGAGUUGAGCGAAGACGAAUAUGCUUGUAGUGAAGAAGAGGAAGAAAUUGCAGGAAAAACGGAUCUCUAAGAGAUAGAACAAUGUGCUCUUUCACUAAAUGCCUCUAUUUGUACAUGAAACCAAAGCUAGUUUAUAUUUAGAUCAAUAAAUAAACUCUACAUUGUGCUCAGUAUUCCUUUUCCUUUAACAUCUGUUGCACCUUCUGUUAACAUAGUAUGAUGAUCUCUUGGCUGAUAUGGUUCGUGAUUGAUGAUGCUUGUCUAUAUAGAAAGUGUUCUUUCUCCUUGGGAACUUCAUCAAUAUUUUAUUUUUGUUUUUGCAUUUUGAUAUGGG